CGCGGCGGCAAUAAAACAUCCUGGCACGUGCUCCGGCUCCAGGCGCGCCCUCGCCGGCCGGCUGAUGUCAAACUGCAGCUCGGCUGGUGCAGCUCUUAAAGGGCCCGCGAGGGGAGAGGCAGCCUCGCCGCCCGCCUGCCUCGAGGUGCCGCCGCGCCGAGGGCCCGCGGGCGGAAAGGGAGAGGGUGCGGAGGAGCGCGCGCGCGUCCCGGAGCGGCGUUGCCAUCAAAGCGCCCCUUGUUCGUUUGUCAUUGGCGAUUCCAUUUCCUUUCUACCCAGUUGGAAAUUUUUCUGAUUGUUUCCUGGGGCAGCGUGGGGGUCCAGGGCCCCCAACACCAACAGAAGGAAAGAGGGACGGGGUGGUGAAGGUGGGGGGCGUCCAAGAACCACCUUGCCCUGAGAAGCCUGCAAAUGAGAAGUGCAAGGGAUUAAAAAAAAAGGAAGGAAAAUGCCAGCUGAUAUAAUGGAGAAAAAUUCCUCGUCCCCGGUGGCUGCUACCCCAGCCAGUGUCAACACGACACCGGAUAAACCAAAGACAGCCUCUGAGCACAGGAAGUCUUCAAAGCCAAUCAUGGAGAAAAGACGAAGAGCGAGAAUAAAUGAAAGCCUGAGCCAGCUGAAAACUCUGAUUUUGGAUGCUCUUAAGAAAGAUAGCUCGCGGCAUUCCAAGCUGGAGAAGGCCGAUAUCCUGGAGAUGACCGUGAAGCACCUCCGGAACCUGCAGCGCGCGCAGAUGACCGCCGCGCUGAGCACAGAUCCGAGCGUACUGGGGAAAUACCGCGCCGGCUUCAGCGAGUGCAUGAACGAGGUGACCCGCUUCCUGUCCACGUGCGAGGGCGUUAACACCGAGGUGCGCACCCGGUUGCUCGGCCACCUGGCCAACUGCAUGACCCAGAUCAACGCCAUGACCUAUCCCGGGCAGCCGCACCCCGCCUUGCAGGCGCCGCCGCCGCCCCCGCCUGGCCCCGGCGGCCCCCAGCACGCGCCGUUCGCGCCGCCGCCGCUCGUGCCCAUCCCCGGGGGCGCGGCGCCCCCUCCCGGCGGCGCCCCCUGCAAGCUGGGCAGCCAGGCUGGAGAGGCGGCUAAGGUGUUCGGCGGCUUCCAGGUGGUGCCUGCUCCCGACGGCCAGUUUGCCUUCCUCAUCCCCAACGGGGCCUUCGCACACAGCGGCCCGGUCAUCCCCGUGUACACCAGCAACAACGGGACCUCGGUAGGUCCCAACGCCGUGUCCCCUUCCAGCGGGCCCUCGCUCACGGCCGACUCCAUGUGGAGGCCGUGGCGGAACUGAGGGGUUCUGGACACCUCUCCACCCAGACUGCCCUACCCGCUUCUCCACCCUCCGGACAUUAAACAGGAACUUGGAUACUGGGAGUGAAGAGAACUUUUCUGUGAUUGAUUUCAGUGGUUACCUUGUUGGUUUUUUUUUAAUUUCUAAAAGUUACUUUUUUGUAGAAGAGCUGUAUUAAGUGACUGACCAUGCACUAUAUUUGUAUAUAUUUUAUAUGUUCAUAUUGGAUUGCGCCUUUGUAUUAUAAAAGUAAAGAUGACAUUUCGUUUUUUACACGAGAUUUCUUUUUUAUGUGAUGCCAAAGAUGUUUGAAACUGCUCUUAAAAUAUCUUCCUUUGGGGAAGUUUGAGAAAAUAUAAUAAAAGAAAAAGAGUGAAGGUG